CUGCGAUCGAUGGUACGGAAAUCAUGUGGUUCCCGUUCUGGAGAUCCAGAGAUCGAUUCUCUUUGGACGAACUCAGAUAUCUAACCGAUCAGAUAAUGAAGGUUCAAAUAGUUAAUGAUGUUAACAAGGAUUUUGUGAUUGAGGCACUGAGAUCAAUAGCAGAAUUGAUAACAUAUGGUGACCAACAUGAUACAGCCUUUUUCGAGUUUUUUAUGGAGAAACAGGUCAUGGGGGAGUUUGUGCGUAUACUGAAAAUUAGUAGAACUAGUAUUGUUUCACUUCAGUUAUUGCAGACAAUGAGCAUUAUGAUCCAAAACCUAAAAAGUGAACACUCUAUAUAUUACAUGUUCAGUAAUGAACAUAUUAAUUAUUUUAUAACUUAUUCCUUUGACUUCCGCAAUGAAGAGCUAUUGUCUUUCUACAUAUCCUUUUUGAGAGCAAUAAGCGGAAAGCUGAACAAGAAUACGAUUUCUGUGCUCGUUAAAACUCGAAAUGUAAGGAGGUUCGGAGCAAGGCCAGUUGUAGACCUCGAAAUCACAGCAGUCUCGUUUCAUCAUCAUUAUCUCUGUUCUAUAAAGCUGUCACUGUCGUCAUCGCUCCUCAUCAUAUUGAUUUUGUAUUUACCAUCACCAGAUGACAUAGUUGAUUUUCCCCUUUAUGUUGAGGCAAUACGGUUUGCUUUUCAUGAAGAGGGCAUGAUUCGUACUGCAGUUCGUGCUUUGACGUUAAAUGUUUAUCAUGUUGGAGAUGAUUGUGUUAAUAAAUAUAUAGCCAACGCCCCUCAGACGGAUUAUUUUUUGAACUUGCUCAAAUUUUUCCGAGAGCAUUGCAUCGGCCUAAAUGAAUUGGUCUCACAGGCUUCCGGGAGCCUCGGCUUCGAAUCAACCUCUUCCAUUCUUUCUGCUGUUGAUGAAAUCGAAGACAAUCUUUACUAUUUUAGUGAUGUUAUUUCUGCUGGGAUUCCUGAUAUUGGGCGAUUAAUAACAGACAACAUAUUGAAGCUUUUGGUAUUUCCAUUGCUUCUUCCAUCGCUGAGUAUAGGAGUUGUUAAUGAAACAAAAAUCAGUGCUGUCACUUCUCUGUAUUUACUAUGUUGUAUCCUGCGCAUUGUUAAAAUCAAAGACCUGGCAACUAGUGUUGCUGCUGCCUUUUUCUGCCCCCUAGAAACCUUUAUGCCAAGUGCUGAGGCAAAACAAAAUGGCUAUAUGUCUAGCUGUGGGCCCGCUCUUGAUAGCCAAAAGGAUGACAACAGUAACCUUAGUUUUGAGUGUGAUUCUGAAAGGUUACAAGCCUCCAUUCCAAACUUAUCUAGUUCUUCACAAACUCAAUCAGGCAAGGAUGUCUUGUGGCAUGAUUCCAAUGGUUCUCAUUUGGACUUAAGGUGAGACGUCAUUAAUCAUCUAACUUCUUGCUUUUCUUCUAGUACUUGUUUUUAUGCAAUGAGUUUGAUUAGUUCAUUUAAUUGCAAGAUGUUCUGGAAACAUUUAUAUUAUACGACUGGCAUCGAAAUUUGAGUAAUUUAUCUAAAUUAUAUUAUACCAGCUGCUAAACUUGGAAGAUGAAGCUCAAAGAGUAAGUCAGACAUGCAAAGAUGUCAUAUUUGGAUUGGUGUCAUGAAUUAAGGGGUCGUUUGGUAACGUUUUUG